AUGCGAAGCCCAUUCUUCGACUUGACGGCUUUAUUCUGGGCUAAGAAUCCACCUGAGAUCUCCAACUCUUCUCCACUACCACAAGCAACCAUCUACCGAACCCUGGACAAGGCAAAACGCGAGAUCCGAAUAUGUGAUUUAAUUCCUUCCUCAAAGCUCUCGGCGCCGUUGCAAUGUUCUCUACGAACCGUUCCAAUAGCUCAGGCCGGAAACUUCGUCGCCAUGUCCUAUGUAUGGGGGAAGAAAGCUGCCUCGAUUGAAUCCAUCUUGAUCGAUGGAGUCAAGCAUCCAAUCAGACCGAAUCUUGCUGCCGGCCUUCGACGAUUCCGUGCCACGUUUUCUGAGCAACGGCACACAAUAUCAGUAUGGGCUGAUGCCAUUUGUAUCAACCAAGAUAGUAUCGAAGAGCGGAAUCACCAAGUUCCUCUGAUGCGAGCCAUUUUCUCCGAGUGCGAAUCCGCGUUUGCGUGGCUGGGAGAAGAAGACGAGACUAGUGAUCUAGCAAUGGAGUGUAUUGUCAGAAUGGAUAAA